AUGUCGAUCGAUCCUGCCCUUCCUGUUGCAUCUUUUGCAUGGGAUAUCUUGAAGCGGGUAGUUGUUCCCGUCAAGCGCCAAUUCGGAUACGUGAUCUCCUCCAAGAGCUACGCCCAGGAUCUUCAGAAGGAAGUCGGGAAGCUGGCGUACGAGGCUGAGAGGAUCCACAAUGCCGUCGAAGUGGCCAGAAACAAUAUUCGGAUGGUCUACAGUCUAGUCACCGAUUGGCACGAGACUGCAGAGAAGGCCUUGAAGGAGGCGGGAGAGCUGUUGGGAGAGUUCGAAAAAGCGAGUAAGAGUUGCUGCUACGGGACUCUUCCCGACCCCAAUUGUCGCUAUCAGUUCAGCAGGAAGGCCAAGGAUAAGAUCGAGCUCCUUCAGCGACUCGCUCGAGAAUGCAGUGAAUUCAGGGACAUCUCCUUCAUUGAUCCUGCUCCGGGGAAUGUCACUGCGGCCUCCGCUCCUUCUGCCAAGGACGAUGGCGUCUUCGAAUCCAGAGCUUCGAUCCAACGUAAAAUCAUGGCCGCUCUUGCUGAUAACCGCAACAGCGUGGUUGGGGUUCAUGGGAUGGGCGGGACCGGCAAGUCCACCCUUUUGGAAGAGGUUGAAAGAAGAAUAAGGGAAGAGAGGUCGUUCGAUCUGGUCGCUAAGGCCGACGUGUCGGAAAAUCCAGACAUCAAGAGGAUUCAAGAAGAGAUCGCGUACGGGUUGGGCCUUAGUGACAUAAAGAAGGAAGAGAAUGUCAGCUUGCGAGCGAAGCUUCUGCGUGAGAGGCUAGAAGAUGAGGAGAGGACGAAACAAGAAAAUGAUGAGGGGAAGAAGAAGAAGAAGAAGGUGCUCAUAAUACUGGACAACCUGUGGAAAAGGCUUGACUUGAAAUCAGUGGGCAUUCCUUGCGGACACGACAACAAAGUCAUAGGAUGCAAGUUGCUGUUGACUUCAAGAUUCCAAGAUGUUUUGAGUAGGGAUAUGGGCUGCGACAGGGACUUCCUCCUCGAUGCGCUGAAGGAGGAAGAGGCAAAAAGACUGUUUGAGAGGACGGUGGGCGACAAAGUUCAUCACGAUCCAUUCAAAUCCUUGGUGGAUGAAGCACUCAACAAAUGCGCAGGUUUGCCUUUCCUAAUUAUUGCAAUGGCGAAUGUUUUUAGAGACGCGGAUUUUCGCGAAUGGAAGGAUGUUUUGAGACAAAUCGAGAUGUCUACAAACAGAGGACUCAGUGAGAGGAUAAACGAGAUGUUGCAGUUGAGCUAUAGUCGUUUCAAAGGGGAGGAUGGCAAGGAGGUGAAGUCAUUGUUACGCCUAUGUGUUGUUUAUGGUGUCUCUAAGCCCUCUCUUGAAAACUUGGUGAGGUAUAGCGUGGGUUCGAGGUUAUUUCGAGAAGAUAGCAGCAUAGAAGAAGUGAGAGACAGGUUGAGCUCACUGAUCCAAACCCUGAAAGCCUCUUCCUUUUUGUUAGCAGACGAGAAAGAUGCUGAUGUUUUCAAGAUACACGACUUGGUUCGUGGAUUCGUUGCCUCGGUAGCUUCAAGAGAUGACCCUCUUCUGGUGUUGAAAAAUCAUGAUAAGUCAGUGAUAGAGUUGCCGAAGGACAAGCUGAAAAGUUGCACAUCGGUAUGCUUUCCCUACGUCGACAUGGAGGAGCUUCCUGAAGAGUUAGAUUGCCCUGAAAUGCGGAUCUUUUUGUUGUUCACAAACAAUGGAUCUCUUAAGGUCCCAGGCUCAUGUUUCAACUCUAUGAGAAAACUCAUGGUCUUACAUCUUUCUCGGGUGCGGCUCACUCGUUCACCUUCGCCAUUCCAAUUCUUGGAGAACUUACACACUCUGUGCCUAAAUGAUUGUUCGUUAGAGGAUGUAGCCAUGAUCAGCGAGCUAAAACGGCUAUGUGUUCUCAGCUUUGCCAACUCCAAAAUUCAACAAUUGCCAAAAGAAAUUGGACAAUUGGUGGAGCUGCGGUUGUUAGACUUAAACCAUUGCUCAAAACUUGAGAUAAUUGAACCGGGUGUGCUUGGGAGCUUGAUGAAAUUGGAGGAGCUGUAUAUGGAGAAUAGUUUUGAUCGUUGGAAUGCCGUGGAGCAAACUCCACCCACUAAUGCCGGUCUUAUUGAGUUGAAUAACUUGAAGAAUCUCUGCACUUUGCAUGUGUCCAUUCUCGAUCCGAGUGUGCUCCCAGAGGAUCUAAACGUCGAGAAACUAACCAAGUACCAAAUCCAGAUAGGUGAUGUGCCACGUUGGCGGAGUCGCAAUGUGUCGAGCACAUUGGAGCUGUCGAGCACAUUGGAGCUUGAGUUGGAUCCAAUGAGCGAUAUUCUUCGGAAAGGAUGCAUACAGACUUUAUUAGGCAAAACCGACGGUCUCUUUUUAGACGGAUUAAAUGGAAUUGAGCAAAGUAUUUGCGCGUUAUCGCAGAAAGGCUUUCCGAAAUUAAAGCACCUACAAGUUGAGAAUAGUCCUUCCGUCCAUCACGUCCUCCAAUUACCAUCACAUACAGAGUUUCAGAUGUUGGAGUUAUUACUUUUCCAUAACCUCAUCAACUUGGAAAAGAUAUGCAACAACCACAUCUCUUCCAAUUCCUUCAGUGCAUUAAAGGUAGUACGAGUUGAAAACUGCGACAAGAUGGAAGUUUUGUUUCCUCUUUCAUUAUUGAGAGAACUUCCACAGCUUGAAGAGAUCCAAGUUGUCAACUGCCACUUAAUGCGAGAGAUUGUAGAAGUGGAUGAUUGUGGCAAACUUGAGUUGCGGAAUUUGCAUGUCUUGAACUUGUGUGAUCUGCCGAAUAUGAAGAACUUUUGCACCGCGGGGAUGGCCCCUUCAAGUUGUACAUCAAACGACCAUGUUGGCACUCAAGUUGCAUUCUUCAACGGGCAACAGGUUUCAAUCCCAUCCUUGGAGUCCUUGACAAUGGUUGGACUUCCCAAUCUGGAAGAUAUAUGGACCGAUGAAUCUCCGUUGGGGCUGAGCAGUCUCCAAUUUCUUAAGGUCUCUUCAUGCAAAUCUCUCUCAAAGGUCAUCAACUCCAGGUCACUAGUAAAACUACAAAAGCUACACACUUUAAAGGUAAAAGAUUGCGUUGCAGUACAAGAAAUUUUUGACCUCGAUGGACUAGGCGCUGAUGCAAAUAUUGAGACUCUCUCUGAGCUAAACGCCAUCUAUAUAAAGAGACUACCAAGCUUGAGGUGCAUAUGGAACAAGAAUCCUUGUGGAAUUGUGAGAUUCCAUAAUUUAAAGCAAUUGAAGGUGUUUGGCUGUAACAACCUCGGGUUUCUGUUUUUCCCAUCCAUGGUUCAAUCUCUCCUACAAUUGAGAGAACUAGAGGUACAAGGUUGCAACAAGAUGGAGGCGAUUGUUAUAGAGGAUGAAGGGUCGGGAAUAGAAACAUCAGAAACUCUAGUAUUCUCGAUGUUAACCAAUUUAUGCGUUGCAGGUUUGGAAAGUUUGACGUGCUUCUCUCGCAGAAAGUGUAAGAUUGAUUUUUUUUUCCUGGUUUAAUCAUUAAAAAUCUUCUUAGAUUAAUUCAUCCCUGCAAUGCAAAAGAUGGCAUUCCUUUCAUCUAAUUAAAAAUCGAUGACAGGUUCACGAGAAGCUUGGAGUGAGGAUCGUCUCAAAUCAUGCUACACUACUCUCUUCAAUCAAGAGGUACGUAACAAACGCUACGUCAAAAUCUUAAAUAUAACAAAAAUCCAAUGAUUGCAUCAAUUUUCUGUGCAUAGCACUUCACGAGUUUACAUGCUGUGCAUUUCAA